AUGGCUUGGGCGCUAGGAAAUGCCCUCGAUUCCCACCUGCAAGAAUCCCCCCGCGUUAGCCCCCCGACAGGGCCGCGCGCGUCCCGCCCGGUGCGGGCGCUGCAGGGGCGGGGGCGCCACUGCUCCGGGCCUCCAGGGCCGGGGACCCACCGAGGCCCAGGACCCGGAUUGGGACGGCCGCGCUUUAAGCCCGGGCGGGCGGUCGCCCCUGCACCGCUGACGCCUGGCCGAGAGCUGCGCUGGAGGCGGCGGCUGGCGGACGUGGGGGGUUCCCAGAAGACAAGCAGAAACCAGGGCAAGGCUGGGCCCCAGCUGUUGGGGGACAGUCCAAAGAACCUCCCCUUCAGGGGUCCAGAACCGAACCUGUGUAGGCAUGCCUGUACUCGCCUGGGUAUGGCCCAGCUUGGCCAAUCAUCUGCUCCCUUUGGAACUUUGAAUUUUGAACAAGCAGUACAAAAAGAAAAGAACAAGUUAAUGUUCAUCCUGGUGGUGGGGUACCCGCGAGGCAAACAGUAUUCAGUGGUGGUGGCAGGGAGGGUGUGUGUGGUAGAGCCCACUUGUUUUGUGGUACCUGAAAUUCUUAAACUCCUCUUCUGCUUCCGUUGGCCAGAGUUUAUUUGUGGUGUUUACAUCCAAGAACCCUGA